AUGGCAGCAGGCAGCAUCGCAUCCAGCUCCUCUGGCUCUUCAAGCAACUCCAGGGGAAAUAACAGAGGUCAAGCAUUCAUGCUUGUGGCGGCGCCUCCACCUAAGAAAACGAAGCAAUCUCCCCAAGCAUCGAUUGACGAGUUCUGGUCUAAAUUCAAUAGUACAACUCCAGGCAGAGCUACGACUAUCCUGCCGAGAGAUCGGUAUGCAAAGCAAGCCGAGGAGAACGCUCCGAAAGGGAUCAUAGAUGGGGCUAACCCGGUCUCAUCCUACGACGAAGCAGCAAGGCUUUGCAGAGAGAAGGUGGAAAAAAUUGUGAAGGAAUGUCGUCGAGUCAACCAGAAAUAUACCGACAAGCAUUUUGAUCUUGAGUUUGAUUUAAAAGGAUGGAAUGGGAAGAAGGACUGCCUCAGAACUCUUACAGCCACCUCUGAAGAUGACCCAUAUGUUAGUUUCAGCCCAGGAUCUGUGAAGCGAGUCACCGACAUUUUCGACAAGCCGCAGUUUUUUGUCCAGGGCGCUACUGCAAAUGACAUUCGUCAGGGCAGAGAUGGGGAUUGCUGGUUGCUUGCCGCACUGUGCACCUUGGGGAAUAAGGAAGGCCUCAUAGAAAAAGUCUGUGUCGCCAGAAAUGAGCAGGUUGGCGUCUACGGCUUCGUUUUCCACCGCGGUUCGUUAUAUACUACCUCCUUGCUUUCCGGAACUAUCUUAGGAGCUCAACUGCUCAGCGCCUGA